UCACUAAACCUGCUUUCUGGAACGGGCCUCAGGUCAUAAAACAUUGUGAAAUUUGUAUUGAUUGGUUCAUUAUGAUGAUGUUGAUCAUGUAAACAUCACCUCUGUUUUCUUUCCACUCUUAAAAUGCAUUUUCAGAACUCCAGGAUGAUUAACCCAUUCCAUAAAGCUUUGGCUUUCCAGAAAAUUGUGGUGAUCCUCCUAACACAGUCUGGUGGAGGUCAGUCUCAGGUUGCUCGUCCACCUUCACGAAUAGUGGCAUUAGUUGGUGAUGACAUCAUCUUGCCAUGUCACCUGGAACCGGCAGCAGAUGCUGUUUCAAUGAUCCUGGAGUGGGGAAGACCUGACCUGCAACCCAGAUUCGUACACGUGUGGCAUGAAGGUCAAAACCAUCUUGUUAACCAAAACCCAUCCUAUAAAGGAAGAACAUCUCUGUCCACUGACAAACUGAAGCACGGAGACCUUUCACUAACAUUGUCCAAAGUAAGACUCUCAGAUAGUGGAACAUACAGAUGCCUCAUUCCAAAACAGAGCAAAGAAUCCACUGUGCAACUUAUUGUUGGUUCUGUCUCCUCACCCGUCAUAGCAGGGAUUAACAUAAGCAGAACUGCAGCGGUUCUGCAGUGUGAGUCUGAAGGCUGGUAUCCAGAGCCUGAGGUGUUGUGGCUGGACGGUGAGGGAAACCUCCUCUCUGCUGGACCUCCAGAGACAGUCAGAGGUCCUGAUGAUCUCUAUACUGUCAGCAGCAGAGUGACUGUGGAGAAGAGACCCAGCAACAGCUUCACCUGUAGAGUCCAACAGAAGAACACCAACCAGACCAGAGAGACAGAAAUUGGAUUUAUCAUCUCAGAUGAAUGCUCCAAGGUUUCAUCAAGUUCUGCGAUUCGUAUCAGCAUUACCUUGGCUGCUGUCCUUAUAUGUACUCUGGCAGUUGUAAUUGUAUGGAAAUGGCAACAAAACAAAACCAAGAUCAAUAGGUACCCAGUGGAUGAAAUCGAAGCAACCGGACAUAGAGAGCAGCUUAUGACCAAAGAGAAAACGGCAAAACUUGAUGAACAGCUACAGCAGAAAGAUGAACUGAAAGACUUACAAGUGGAAGUUAAUGCGCUAAGGAAACAGAUUAAGGAACAGGAUGAACUAGUAUUUCAAGCGUUACAGGGACUGAGAGAAAAACUUAAUCAUCAAAAGCUUGACGUGGAUAAAGACUUAAAUGAAACUGAUAUGAAGGUUAAGGAACUGGAUAAAGAAUCAAAACGGGACAAAGCACAGGCAUAUUUUCAACUGAAAGAUACAUUUUUAGUGUUCAAAUCUAAAGUGCGCCACAGAAAAGAGGAACAUGAACAACUUUUACUGGACACCGAUAAACUGGUGCAGCAAAUAAGGUUAAAAAGGGAGAACCACAAGGAAUAAAUGUGUGUAAGUGGAGGAGAUGAAGAAACUGAGUUGAGGUUUGAAAGGAAACUCCAACUACAGUUAGAAAGAGACAACUAUAAUUUAAUUCAGUCAGUAGUAUAAUUAAAUAAUUAAAGUUCAAACAAAAGCAUAUGAAUCUGCUAUCACAUUUAUCUUUUCAAACACUCAACAAUAGCAUUCUGAUAGUGUGUCUCAAAUCGCGCACUUCCCGAAGUGCACUAAGGGAAGUGCACUUCGUACACUAUGUACUUACUUGCAUAGUGCGUAAAAUUUGACGGGGGAGUAUUGUCUCAAAUCGCGCACUGCCUUUUGUACUUACAGGAAGUGACGAUCAAAACAUCUCAGUCCUCCUCCUUCUUCUUCUGUGAAGUUGUGAAUUAUACCCAGGGCA